UAAAGGGCCGGGCCGCGGGCCGGUGCGUUCAGAACCGAAGUGGCGACGCCGGUGAUUCCGGAUUGAGGGCCUGAGGCCGAGACCCGAGGGUGUCCAGAACAGAGUCACACACAUAGCAGGGGCUCCCACAUGAUUUGCCAACUGAGUGCUGGAGAAAUGCAUGCAGAGCCCCUGGCGAAGGGCUGGCAUGUGGACGCAUUCAGAGGGAGAGCACGAUGCUCAGUGGCAAUCACUCGCGGGCUUCUUGGCAUCGCCGGGGGAAUCGUUAUCCACCGUGAAAUCGGAUGCUGCCCGUCACGGAACAUCUGCUGCGCCUGCUGGGACUGGAGAAGACCACCUUCCGCUUGUAUGCCGUGUCCGCGCUCCUCCUCUCCCUGCUCUUCUUCCUCUUCCACCUGCUGCUGCGGGCCCUGCGGCUCUGCUGGCGCUUCUACGUCACCUGCCGCCGGCUGCGCUGCUUCCCCCAGCCGCCCCGGCGCAACUGGCUGCUGGGCCACCUGGGCAUGUACCUCCCAAAUGAGAUGGGCCUCCAGGAUGAGAAGAAGGUGCUGGACAACAUGCACCAUGUGAUCUUGGUGUGGAUGGGACCUGUCUUGCCACUGGUGGUUCUGGUGCACCCUGAUUACAUCAAACCCGUGGUGAGCGCCUCAGCCGCCAUUGCCCCCAAGGAUGACCUUUUCUAUGGCUUCCUGAAGCCUUGGCUAGGGGAUGGGCUGCUGCUCAGCAAAGGUGAGAAGUGGAGCCGGCACCGCCGCCUGCUGACACCUGCCUUCCACUUUGACAUCCUGAAGCCCUACAUGAAGAUAUUCAACCAGUGCACCAACAUCAUGCACGCUAAAUGGCGGCGCCUGGCGGAGGGUCCAGUGGUCUCCCUUGAUAUGUUUGAGCAUGUCAGCCUCAUGACCCUGGACAGUCUUCAGAAAUGUGUCUUCAGCUACAACAGCAACUGCCAGGAGAAGAUGAGCGAUUACAUCUCAGCCAUCAUUGAGCUGAGUGCGCUGUCCGUCCGACGCCAGUAUCGCCUGCACCACUACAUAGACUUCAUCUACUACCGCACAGCGGACGGGCGGCGCUUCCGUCAGGCCUGUGACACCGUGCACAGCUUCACCACCGAGGUCAUCCAGGAGCGGCGGCGGGCGCUGCGCCAGCAGGGGGCCGAGGCCUGGCUCAAGUCCAAGCAGGGCAAGACCUUGGACUUCAUCGAUGUGCUGCUCCUGGCCAAGGAUGAAGAUGGAAAGGAACUGACAGAUGAGGACAUCCGAGCUGAGGCGGACACAUUCAUGUUUGAGGGUCACGACACAACGUCCAGUGGGCUCUCGUGGGUGCUGUUUAACCUGGCCAAGCACCCAGAGUACCAGGAGAAGUGCCGGGAAGAGAUCCAGGAAGUCAUGAAAGGCCGGGAGCUGGAGGAGCUGGAGUGGGAUGACCUGACGCUGCUGCCCUUCACCACUAUGUGCAUCAAAGAGAGCCUACGCCAGUUCCCACCCGUGACCCUGGUCUCCCGCCGCUGCACGGAGGACAUCAAGCUCCCGGAUGGGCGCAUCAUCCCCAAAGGAAUCAUCUGCCUGGUCAGCAUCUAUGGGACCCACUACAACCCCACAGUGUGGCCUGACUCCAAGGAACUGCAUCGGACAGAGCUUCGCCAUGGCCGAGAUGCGCGUGGCCGUGGCGCUGACUCUGCUGCGCUUCCGCCUGAGCGUGGACCGAACGCGCAAAGUUCGGCGGAAGCCGGAGCUCAUAUUGCGCACGGAGAAUGGCAUCUGGCUCAACGUGGAGCCCCUCCCGCCGCGGGCCUGAGCCUGAGCGCCGGUGCGCCCCUGCGGAGCCCGGGGCCUAAGCCCCGCCUAGAGGCCGAAGCCCCGCCCUCGAGGGACCAGACCACGCCCCUAAGUCCUGUGGACAUAGGCCACGCCCCUCGAAGUCCAGGCUCCGCUCAGGGGGAUCAGGGUCCUCCACUGAGCAGCGGGCAGGUGCAGGCCACGCCCAUCAAGGCAAGGCCACGCCCCUUGAGUUCCAGGACCCACCCACCGAGUGCUGUCCUCUGGUUUGAGGACCAGGCUAGGCCACACCCCUUGGGCCCAGACCCCGCCCCCAGCAUCCUGCGGCUUCAGGUCUUCAGGCCUCUCCCACGGAGCCUUCUAAGACCCUAAGGCCAGACAUCUAAAGCGUCCUGAAUUCAAGCCCUGCCCCACGCGGAUCUGACGGGCUUCUAAAUGGAGGACUUGGGAGCUGGAGCCCGAGGUCAGAGCCUUGAACCUGGAUAUCGCCUUCCUGAAGCCCCCAGCUCGGAUGGGCGCACUUCUCCAGGCAUCAGGCUACCUCCUGUGGCCCUGCUGUUUGCUUUUCUUGUUUUGUAAACUCGAACCCUCCUUCCAAGCCCCUUCCUCUCUCCCUUACUCAAAGGCCCUUUGCUAAGGGUGUUGAUUUUUGUAGAAUAAAAGCAAGGGAUACAGACAUCCACCAUCAUCCACCCUCUAGCGGCUAGUCUAGCGGCUAGAGCAGUGGUUCUCAACCUUCCUAAUGCCGCGACCCUUUAAUACAGUUCCUCAUGUUGUGGUGACGCCCAACCAUAAAAUUAUGUUCGUUGCUACUUCAUAACUGUAAUUUUGCUACUGUUAUGAAUCGUAAUGUAAAUAUGUGAUAUGCAGGAUGUAUUUAGGUGACCCCUGUAAAAGGGUCGUUCGACCCCCAAAGGGGUUGCAACCCACAGGUUGAGAACCGCUGGGCUAGAGUCUGACUCUAGCCUGACCCGACCCUGACAUCCAGAGCCCAGCAAGGAAAUGAGGGACCUUGAACAGUUGGGAAGCAGCCAAGGGAAGCUGUGAGCUAGGAGGCUGGAAAAUCAUUUGUCCUUGGACAUAAAAUGAGACUUUUUGGGACAGUUUUUGUAUUCAUUUAUUUCAUCAACAGACUGCAUUAUUAACGAAGUGUCUGCUAGCACUGGGCCAGGAGCACAGCUGGCCUGAUUCCUGCCCUCAAGAAGACAGGUUUGACAAAUGUUGAGCAAAUAAUUCUACGUAUAAAUAUUUACUUAAACUUGUGACAAGUGCUCCAAGGGAGACACCGUGGUGCUGGGUGAGCAUAACAUUUGGUGGGGGUGGCUCAGGGAGAGCUUCUCUGGUGCUGAAGUGGGAGAAGAAUUUGGUGACAAGGGAGAGAAGAGCAUUCCAGGCAGAGGAACAGCAUCUGCAAAUGUAUGCCGAUGAGGGAGAGCAUGGUGUGCUCGAGGAACUCACAAGGGGCCAGAGUGGCUGGACCUGGGUAGUGGGGUAGAAAGGAAGAAGGGUGGGGAGGGGCCAAUCGUGUAGGAACUGUGGGCUAUUUCACAGUUCAGCCCUUACGCUGAGGGCAAUAGGGAGCUAUAGGGGGUGUGUGAGCAGGAACAGGACACAUCAUGAUCAAGCCUGGGCUGGCAUGGAGGUGGCUUGAAAGGGAGUACAGGGGGCUGAAAACCCAGGGGAAAACCUGGCUGAGGUCCAGGUGGGACAGGAAGGGUGGGGUAUAAGUGGAGGAGAAGGUUAGGGUGAUUCUCAAGUCUUUGGCUGGGGGAACUAGGUGAUGGAAUAGUCCCUGAUAUGGUGAUAUAGAAGGUGGGACAAUGACAGCGUCUACAAUAAUCAUAUGAAUUCAUCAAAUUGUACAUCUACUGUGACCAGUGUUUGAGCUCUCGUGUAACUGACUUUCUAGAAAGGGGAGCAGAUAACAAGUGAUUAAAAAAGCAAACAAAUAAGUCAAUUUACACAGGGCCUUAAAGUCACUGAUUUUAUUGUGAGAAAAAUAGGGGGCCAUAGGGGGUUCUGAGCAGAGGAGGGAUAAGAUUUGUCGUACAGUCGUUGGCUGCUAUGUUGAAUAGAGACUACAGAAGGCAAGGAUAGAACUAGAAGAUGAGGAGGGGGUGACUACCUUAGUCCAGGUGAGAGAUGACUGUAGCUAAAACCUACAUGGGGGCUGUACAGGUGAAGAGGGGCAAUUGGACUCUGAUGAAGAAUGAUUGUUUCGUGAGGGUAGUCCUGGCAGGUUUGCCAAUGGAUGGAGUGUGGGAUUCAUGAGAAGGGCAGGUCCCCAGGUUUCCAGAUUUGAGCACCUGGAAAGAUUGGAGUACCAUCAACGGAGAUGGGGAAUGCUGAAUGAAGCAAGUUGUUUUUGUGGGUGAGAUUAGCAUGUCCGUUUGGACCAGGAGCAGUUGGACCGUCAAGCUGGCACUUGGACAGAUGGGCCUCAAAUUUGGGAGAGAGUUCUGGGCUAGGACAGACAUUUGGGAAGCCUCAGAAUUCAGAUGGUGUUUAAAGCCCGAAGACUGAGAUACUAGGGUGUGUGUAUGUGUGUGUGUGUGUGUGUGUGUGUGUGUGUUCACGAAGGAGGAUGAAGCCUGGGGGGGGGGGGGUGUCUCCGAAGUUAAUAUAACAAUAAUGAUAUUUAUUUUUAUUUUUAAAUAUAUUUCUUUAUUGAUUUCAGAGAGAAAGAGAGAAGGAGAGAGAGAUAGAAACAUCAAUGAUGAGAGAGAAUCAUUGAUCUGCUGCCUCCUGCACAGCCCCCACUGGGGAUCGAGCCUACAACCCAGGCAUGUGCCCUUGGCCAGAAUCGAACCUGGGACCCUUCAGUCCGCAGGCUGACGCUCUAUCCACUGAGCCAAGCCGGCCAGGGCAGCAAUAAUGAUAUUUAAGUUGACUGAGUACUUCUUGUGUGUCCUUUCCAUUUAAUAAUCUCAUGUAAUUCUCAGGUGCUGUUAUCUUGAGAUGGAUAUUGAGUUCCCCAGAGUGAAAUGACUAACCUAAGGUCCAACAACGAUAUCCUUGGGGACCUCAGAGGGGGCCCUGAGUCCUUUUCCACCCCAUUCCUUGGGCCUCCUUGUCCUGCUCCGGGGCAUCAGCCGAGAUGGCGCGGGGUGGGGGAUCAGGAGAUGAGUCAAACCUGGGCUGUCGAUCCUGGAGCGCCCCCUGGUGGUGUGUGCUGGUGUCGUCGGCCGGAAUGCCCUUUCCGAGGUAGACUGAGUGGGAAACAUGCAGGAGCCACCCACUGCCUCUCUCACGUCUCCAAGCGCUCAUUAUUCCCCAAACAUUGCACCAGCCUCCCUCAACCCACUCCCACCACGCACGCCUCGGAGCAACCCCGUCAAGUGCCAGCAGAAAUAACUUGACCUUGGGAUGCGACUUAUAUGGGCUCAAACCCAGGCUCUGCUCCUUACUAGCGGUGGCCCUGGCGCGUGACUGCCCCUCUGCUCCUCGGUUCUCCUGUGGGUUUUGUAGGUUCAUCAGGUUUGUCAUGCACGUUGACUUUU